AUGGUUCAUUAUAAAUCAUCAGCUUCAGAGAUAAAUACUAACUUGACUACUUCUAAAAAUAAAAAAGCAUAUUUUGAGUCAUUUUUUUCUGAGAAGCAAGAAACUGAACAACCACUACCAGAAAAAGAAUUAGAUUUAUACUUAGCUUUGCCUAUAUGUAAAAAUAAUUUUCUUAGUUGGUGGGAACAAAAUGAGUAUAGAUUUCCAACUUUAGCAACAAUGACAUGUAACUAUCUUGCUAUUCAAGGAACAAGUGUUCCUUGUGAAGAGGCUUUUUCUGUAGCAGCAGGAAUAAUUACAAAAGUUUGUAGCUGUCUUCUUCCUAAAACUGCCCAGGCAUUACUUUGUCUAAAAAGUUAG